GAGAAAGUAAAUUGUCCCAACAUGAGCCUUUUUCGACUUUAUCUACUGGCCGUUAUUCGGCUCGAUAGGUAUUGCUUAUCUACCAGCAUGAGCUGACCAUUCUGCAGACGUGGAUGUACCUCUCUACUCGUACUCGGAGCAUUUCCUACGACCACAGUGCCGCACGCUAUACGGAUAGUCACCACUCAACGAACAAUCGUAACCCUCUCCAACAAGCAAAAGCUUGGUACACUUUGACCCCACUGGCAUCUGGAUCUUCUCCGGCAGAGUCGAAGGACUGUUACUCCAACGGAACGUCACUGAAGUCCGAGACAAGAACCUCGCCUUCGACCCGAUAGACGCCAGUGCCGGCCGUCAACUCAAGGACGGUGCAAAAGAGUAGGAAGCAUAUGUGACAGCGACGAGGUAUCAGGGACGACAUUGAACCAUCCUGACCACUGACACCAUCACUGUCAACCACGAGGAAAGCGAGAGGCUCCAUCCGUAGGACUUUGGCGGGAAACAAACUCCCAAGCUCAGACCCGCCUGGUCCUCCAUCGUCUCCUCAUCGAUUCGCCAUAUCAAGCCGCCUGGUGCCGCUAUUUCUGCCAAACUUCCCCUACCUCUCUGGCGAUCAACUCCGUUUCUCACAAAAUCAUCGCAUCUCGAGAUUCUCAUCUUGUGCUGAUAGUUGCAGAAGCCGUCGCUUUCUACAAUCGCGCUGUUCCACUAACAACACGCUUAUAAACACAACGAGGACCCUGAUCCCGAUUCUUUCCAUACAUGUCUCUUAGUCAACCAGGUUCACGAGGCUGGAUUUCCUGACCAUAUUUCUUCACCCCAGUUGCAACCCUCGGUCGGCACACUAGCAAUUUACAGGCUCUCGCUCACUUUCAGUGAGCCACCAACAUCGUCUCACAUCUUGCACUGUCGCCGGUGGUAGUGGCCAUUUCCAAGGUCAUGUCGGUGGUGACCAGCCAACCACCAUCUCCAACACGGAGCUCAAGCGGCCUCAACUUCCUGUCCAAGAUCAAAUCACAUAAGGACCCCAAGUAUCUGAGCCCGCAACCACACCCACCUGUUCACCGAAGUGGUAGUUUUGGCAGCAGCAAUGAUCAUUCCAACCGUGCCUCGUUGUUUUCGGUGCCUGCACAAGAAGGAGCAGGCCUGAAAUCUCGACGUCUUAGUGCGAGCCCUCUGGAUGACUUUGUAGUUGACGUCUGCCCACUGGAAGACGAGUUUGUCUCAGCUUCCAAGAUCGGCCGUCGGAAGGAGGUCGGUAGAGGCGCUAGCGCAACAGUGAAGAUCAUGCUGAGAAGGGGUGACAAGAAAUCUGACGGCGCCCCUCUCUUUGCUGUGAAAGAGUUUCGAAAGAAGUCCAUGAGAGAGACAGAAGAUGACUAUCUUCGCAAAGUCAAGUCAGAAUACACUAUUGCCAAAUCUGCGAAUCAUCCCAACAUCGUUAAGACGGUUCGAUUAUGCACGAACAACGGUCGUUGGAAUCAUGUUAUGGAGUAUUGCCAACAAGGUGAACUUUUCAGCCUGGUCGAACGAAAGUAUUUCAAGGCCGAAGACCGGAAUUGCAUUUUUAAACAGGUCCUGAGGGGUGUUGGAUACUUGCAUGAACAUGGCAUUGCCCACAGAGAUAUCAAAUUGGAAAAUUUGCUCAUGACCGACGAAGGUCACAUCAAGAUUACAGAUUUCGGGGUCUCGGAGGUCUUUUGCGGUGAGCAUCCUGGUAUCGCGUCAUCUCGGGGGCUUUGCGGCCAAGGGAUGAGGGAACAUCGAAUGUCGCCGCCGGGAAUCUGUGGAUCGAGGCCAUACAUUUCUCCAGAGGUGCUCGCCGAGGAUCGCGAGUACGACCCUAGCAAGCUCGAUGCAUGGAGCUGUGGUGUUUUGUUCAUGACGAUUUUCCUGGUUGGAAACCCAUGGCAAAGUGCUCGCAGGCACGAACCCAACUAUGCAGCAUUCUUCAAGGGGUGGGAAACCUUUCUUUCUGGAUCUAGAGAGACGAUCAUCGACGAAAACAACUAUCCUCACUGUGGUCCAAUGUUCAAUGCUUUGCCUUCACAUUCACAGCGACGUUGUAUAUUGAAACUCCUUCACCCAGAUCCUGACAGGCGAUGCACUGUGGCUGAGGCAUUGAAUGAUCGGUGGAUCAAGAACAUUGACUGCUGCUCACCAGAAACCUUGGGACCGACAACGACCAAUAUUGAUGUGACAAAGAUGGGUUCUGACAGAAUAGCGGCUCGAAUGAGAAUACAGGCAAAGCAUAAUCAUCUGCCGCCACCGGUAAAGCGAUUGCCGCAACAUCGAUUUGACAUGGGGGACGGUACGUCAAGAUACGACUGAGAUGGAGCGUGUUGGAAAUUUCCUUAUCGGUAAUCUGAGAAGAUUCCGGGGUUCCUUUUAUUCUUUAUAGGAGGUAUGCUUGCAUCGAUCAUCGGGGAGUCAGGAUCAUAUUCGCGUUACGAAGUGCUCGGAAACGCUGGUGUUGAAGAAACCAACGAUCUUGAGAAUAGGUUGGGUGCGAGUAAUUUCUCAUCUGGAAAAUGGGAUCGAUGAGAAAUGAUGAACCUGGGUGGUAGACUGCAUUUUAGAUUCAUCCGGAAUCAUGACCUGGCAUGGUUUCGCAAGACUAGCCUCGCCGGUAAAAGUUCGUAUCAAUAUGAGUUUAUGUCUGGAGGUCAUUUAGGUUGCAGAGAAUGAUCAAAACUUGAAGGGUAGUCGAAUGCUGCAGAAGAUGAACAGCACAGGCUUGACCGCCUCUUGACAGCACAUCGACAAGGUUCGUUGAUGAUGGUGGAACAGUUGUUUUGACGAAUCUUCCAAGUGAUGAAGUAGUUAGUCAUUGUCUCGCAUGGGGUUUAUAAUUGCGUUGGAUUUCUGGAUGAAUGAGAUAUCGAUCAUUUAACCCUCUUUGUACAACAACACACCCUCGAUAC